GAGAGCCGUGAGUGAGGCAGGCAGGCAAGCGAGCCCCUGUCGCUCCGUCGCGGUGCCCACCACAGCCGGGGAGGAGACGGCGAAGGGAGGAGGCGGCGGCGGCUCUCCUGUCCACCCACCGAGCCGAGGGAGCAUGACGUCUGCAACUUCACCUAUCAUUUUAAAAUGGGACCCCAAAAGUUUGGAAAUCCGGACUCUUACUGUAGAGAGGCUAUUGGAGCCACUAGUUACACAGGUGACAACCCUGGUGAACACAAGCAACAAAGGGCCAUCCGGUAAAAAGAAAGGGCGAUCUAAGAAGGCUCAUGUGCUGGCAGCAUCGGUUGAACAAGCGACUCAGAACUUCUUGGAAAAGGGAGAACAGAUAGCAAAGGAGAGCCAAGACCUCAAAGAUGAGCUGGUGGCUGCUGUGGAGGACGUGCGCAAACAAGGAGAGACAAUGAGAAUCGCUUCGUCAGAGUUUGCCGACGACCCCUGCUCCUCCGUCAAGCGCGGCACCAUGGUCCGAGCGGCCCGCGCCCUGCUGUCGGCUGUCACCCGCUUGCUCAUCCUGGCUGACAUGGCGGAUGUCAUGAGACUCCUGUCUCACCUGAAAAUCGUAGAAGAAGCACUAGAAGCUGUGAAGAAUGCCACAAACGAGCAAGACCUUGCAAAUCGCUUCAAGGAAUUUGGGAAGGAGAUGGUGAAGCUAAACUAUGUCGCUGCAAGAAGACAACAGGAACUGAAGGAUCCCCACUGUCGGGACGAGAUGGCUGCUGCACGUGGUGCUCUGAAGAAGAACGCCACCAUGCUGUACACUGCCUCCCAAGCUUUCCUCCGUCACCCUGACGUGGCGGCAACCAGAGCUAACAGGGAUUACGUUUUCAAGCAAGUCCAGGAAGCGAUUGCUGGCAUCUCAAACGCUGCUCAAGCCACCUCUCCCACUGAUGAAAAUAAGGGGCACACUGGAAUCGGGGAGCUUGCUGCUGCAUUGAAUGAAUUUGAUAACAAGAUCAUUUUAGACCCCAUGACGUUCAGUGAAGCCCGAUUCCGACCAUCUCUCGAAGAGAGGUUGGAGAGUAUUAUCAGUGGAGCGGCUCUCAUGGCAGACUCUUCCUGCACCCGCGACGACCGGCGCGAGAGAAUCGUUGCAGAGUGUAACGCCGUACGACAGGCCCUCCAGGAUCUGCUCAGCGAAUACAUGAACAAUACUGGAAGGAAGGAGAAAGGAGACCCGUUGAACAUCGCUAUCGACAAGAUGACCAAGAAAACACGAGAUCUACGAAGACAGCUCCGGAAAGCAGUGAUGGAUCACAUAUCGGAUUCCUUCCUCGAGACCAACGUUCCGUUGCUGGUUCUCAUCGAAGCAGCCAAGAGCGGUAAUGAGAAAGAAGUGAAGGAAUAUGCACAGGUUUUCCGCGAGCACGCCAACAAGUUAGUGGAGGUUGCCAAUUUGGCGUGUUCUAUUUCCAAUAACGAAGAAGGAGUCAAGUUAGUCCGUAUGGCGGCCACCCAGAUUGACAGCCUGUGCCCACAGGUCAUCAAUGCGGCGCUCACGUUGGCAGCCAGGCCUCAGAGCAAAGUGGCCCAAGACAACAUGGAUGUCUUCAAAGACCAGUGGGAGAAGCAAGUCCGGGUGCUCACCGAGGCGGUCGACGACAUCACUUCCGUGGACGACUUCCUCUCUGUCUCAGAAAACCACAUUCUGGAAGACGUCAAUAAAUGUGUGAUAGCGCUGCAGGAGGGAGAUGUUGACACGCUGGACAGGACCGCAGGCGCCAUCCGAGGGCGGGCAGCCAGAGUCAUCCAUAUAAUUAAUGCAGAGAUGGAAAACUACGAAGCCGGGGUUUACACAGAGAAGGUGCUGGAAGCAACGAAGUUGCUGUCGGAGACAGUGAUGCCGCGUUUUGCCGAGCAAGUCGAAGUCGCCAUUGAAGCCUUGAGUGCCAACAUCCCCCAGCCCUUUGAAGAGAAUGAGUUCAUCGACGCCUCCCGCUUGGUUUAUGAUGGGGUCCGUGACAUCAGGAAAGCUGUUCUGAUGAUAAGGACUCCCGAGGAGCUCGAAGACGAUUCUGACUUCGAGCAAGAAGAUUAUGACGUUCGCAGCCGAACGAGUGUUCAGACCGAAGACGAUCAGCUUAUCGCGGGCCAGAGCGCAAGGGCGAUCAUGGCUCAGCUUCCCCAGGAGGAGAAGGCUAAAAUCGCAGAGCAGGUCGAGAUUUUCCACCAAGAGAAGAGCAAGCUGGACGCCGAAGUGGCCAAGUGGGAUGACAGCGGCAACGACAUCAUUGUGCUGGCCAAGCAGAUGUGCAUGAUCAUGAUGGAGAUGACGGACUUCACGAGGGGUAAAGGGCCAUUGAAGAAUACGUCCGAUGUCAUUAAUGCUGCCAAGAAGAUCGCCGAAGCUGGCUCAAGAAUGGACAAAUUGGCUCGCGCAGUGGCCGAUCAGUGUCCCGAUUCAGCCUGUAAACAAGAUCUGUUAGCAUACCUCCAGCGCAUUGCUCUUUACUGCCACCAGCUUAAUAUCUGUAGCAAGGUGAAGGCUGAAGUCCAGAACUUGGGAGGAGAACUUAUCGUCUCUGGGACUGGAGUUCAGAGCACUUUCACUACCUUUUAUGAGGUAGAGUGUGAUGUCAUAGAUGGGGGCAGGGCUAGUCAACUUUCUACCCACCUACCUACCAGUGCUGAGGGAGCUACGCUUGCAAACGGAGGUGGUGACUCUUCCAUGCUGGAUAGCGCCACGUCUCUCAUCCAGGCCGCUAAAAACCUGAUGAACGCUGUGGUCCUCACUGUAAAAGCUUCAUACGUGGCUUCGACCAAAUACCAAAAGAUCUACGGCACAGCAGCAGUCAACUCCCCGGUUGUGUCUUGGAAGAUGAAGGCGCCCGAAAAGAAACCCUUAGUCAAGAGAGAAAAGCCGGAGGAGUACCAGACGAGAGUGAGACGAGGGUCUCAAAAGAAACACAUUUCCCCUGUACAGGCGCUAAGUGAAUUUAAAGCGAUGGAUUCCUUCUAAUCCUCUAGGCUUUGCCCUGAAAGAGUUUUCUAUUUCCUUCUUUGGUUUUUGGGUUUUUUUGUAUGCGUACCUGCCAACUUGUAUGCAUCUGGCAUGGCGGGGGAGGGAAUAGGAGGGGGGGGGAGAAAACGGAGCAGUGUCAAUUUGCAUGCAACCUGAGACUCUAUUAAAAUUGUUCCGCAAAUCUGCAUUUCCCCCUCCCCAAAGACACACACGGUGUUCUGAUGUUAAAUGGAGGUCCACCGAGUUAAUCUCUUUUCCCACGAGAGCAAACGAAAAACGGAAUUCACAACCCUCGCCUUCCCUCCAAACACAUCAUACCAUAAGAGCCAGGGGUGGUGGUGGAAGGAAGGGGAGAGAGCUCUGAAAUAUGGAAAGCAAACCUUUAAUGCAUGCAAGAGACAUUAGGUUGGCAGGUAUAUGUAUAAGCGGGAAACCUGGAAAUUGCCAUGGCGGACCAUUAAAAGCUUGUAUUGCUUUUGUUACAAUGCAAUCAUGUAACUCGCCCAAUAUGCUUGACUGUGUGGCCUGGAUAACGAGACAAUUUAACUCGGAGUCAUCUUCAUUAUGGUAUGUGAAAUUUUUUUUAACAGAGAUGAUCGAAAUUAACACGUCUUAACCCACAUUUUCUUCUUUUGUUUCUAAGCGGUGUUAUGAUUAUUGCUUCCUUUUUCGACAACUCCCAUUCGACAUCGACAAAAGUAUCUUUUUUUUCCUUUUUCCUUUUGCCAAUUGAAUUCUUUCUGGUGGAGUAUGAGCACAACAUGGUGGUUGACAUUGCCUUUUGUAUUAUUAUAAUUAUAUUAAUAUUAAUAUUAUUAGAAAUAGACGAGCCAGUGAUGGAAUGUGUAGACACAUGGGAACUGACAAAUGUGAGAACUUAGAGGCAAAUACGUAGGUGUAGCUUUGGAUUACAAGGUAUCUGAUAUACCGUUGUAACUGCUAACUCUCAAUAAACUUAUUUAACCUUGGAA